ACAGUCGCUAUCAGUAACUUUCCAAGAUGUCCACGAGCGAGUCCAAGACAGAGCUGUGUGAUCUGUCAACGCUGGACGUUAAUGUUGUUCAUGUUGACAAAGGGGUCAUAGACAAACCGACUGGCUCCAAUACCCUAAGGGGUGCGUUUGAGUGCAUCGUUCAACCCUGCCUGGCUGAGCUGGUGGGCUCCACCUUGUUUAUCUUUGUGGGGUGCCUGUCUGUCAUCGAGAACUCGGAGGGCACCGGGAGGCUGCAGCCAGCCCUGGCACACGGCCUGGCUCUGGGCAUCGUCAUCGCUGUAUUUGGGGAGAUCAGUGGGGGUCAUUUCAACCCUGCCGUGUCUGUGUCUGUCUUUCUGGUCGGUGGUCUCAACAUGCUGAUGCUGUUCCCCUACAUACUGGCCCAGCUUUGUGGAGGGCUCAUGGGGGCUGGCCUGGCCAAGGCCAUAUCCCCAUUGGAGAACUACGUAAAUGCAUCCGGGGCUGCGUUCAACACGGUGCAGGGGGACACCCAAAUAGGCCCAGCUACAAUUGCAGAGGUGUUGAUGACCCUGUUCUUGACCAUGACGGUGUGUAUGGGAGCAGUAAACAAACGCACCAGCAGCCUACUGGCCCCUCUCUGCAUCGGGCUGACUGUGACUGCAGACAUACUGGCUGGGGGGGCAGUGUCUGGAGCCUGUAUGAACCCAGCACGAGCCUUUGGUCCUGCUGUGAUGGCUAACUACUGGAGCUAUCACUGGAUCUACUGGCUUGGACCCAUGGUUGGGGCUGUGCUGACUGGCAGCAUAGUCAGAUUGCUACUAGGGGAUGAAAAAAUUCGAGUUUUUUGGAGGUGAUGGAUUUAACUAAUGAGCUUAUUUUAACUUUUAAUUGUUUUUUGAUACCUUAAGUCUUUAAUUUUCUGACAAUUUCAAAAAUAUUUUUUUUUCAUUAUUAAGUUGACAAAACUUGAAAUUAUAUCCCUUAUACUCUAAGUGUCUAAAUGUUCUUCAAGUGUAACACUUCAGCAUUGUAUCAUGUAUCAAAACCUGAUGAUGUCAAAGGUCCAAGAUACAUAAUUUAUUAACUCAAGCAGAAAUGAUUCACCAUUAGAAGGUCAAGAAGUGGCAUUGGAUGUUCCAUGUCUCCAACCUCUGGAAGCAAAAGGAUAAUGGCCUGCAUUUAGUAUCUGAAACUCCACAACAAUGACAUUGUUUGAUUUUGAUUUUUAACAAUGAAAUAUUUAGCAUUAAUCUAUAAUCAAUAAUCUAUAUUUACUUCAAAAAAGCAAAAUCCCAUGUUUACUUAGCUUUUUGUCUUUUUGAGCCUGUCCAGCAGCAGACAUUACACAGCUGAAAAACACCUAAUAAAGCUGUUAAAAUGCUUUGUCUGA